ACACUUAUUAACCCGCAGAUUCAAAACAACCAAGAUGGACGACGAUCGUGUGAUGUAUUAUCGAAUGCUAUCGAUAACUGUAUGCUUAAUAGGUUUAGUUCUGUCUUUCUAUGCCUACCACGUGGAAACUAAGAAGGAAAAAGACAAGAAAUAUCGAGCUAUGUGUGAUAUCAGCGGACAUAUGAGUUGUUCUGCUGUAUUCAAUUCUAGAUAUGGUAAAGGAUUCGGCAUUUUGGGUAGCCUUUUCGGUGAGAAGUCUAUUCUUAAUCAACCAAACAGUAUUUAUGGAAUUAUAUUUUAUACUCUUCAAUUGAUUCUAGGUGAAAUUAACCAACCUUAUGCAGCACGCUUGUACUUAGGAUUUGCCAUCAUUUCUAUUGUCGGUUCUGUAUAUUUAGCUUAUAUACUAGCCUUUAUUUUACAUGACUUCUGUGUGGUGUGCGUCGCAACUUAUGUUCUUAAUGCCGCUCUUUUAUUCUGUUCGCUUCAUAAAUUCUGGCAUCUAGAAGGAAAAUUUAAAGCUGAAUAAAUUGUUGAGUAUCGACAAAAUCAAUUGUGAAUGUUAUUGUUAUAUUAGCAAAUUUUCAACAAUGUUAAGUAUGAAUUCCGAAAUGUGCAUUACAUAAUUAACUUUUAUCCUUUGUUUGAUCCACUUUAUCUGUGUUUUUUUAUUUUUUUUUAUUUUUAAUCAUUCCAUAUCAGCGUAAGGUUUCAAAGAAAAUUUAAUUAAGAAUAAAGAACAUUGACAUAGCCAAGUUAAAUUGGAUUUCAGUUUGUAUUAAUUAUUAUUAUAUGUAAUUUUUUUUUUAUAAUUCAAAGAAAAAAAGUAACUUUCUUAAUUAUGUCACUUCUACUACAAAUGUUUUGAUCUAAAUAAAUUUCUUUUUUUUGCAACAUUUUAAAUAUAUUAAUUCCAAAUAGAUAAUUAGUAAUUGUAUGAAAUAAUUAUGUAUUAAUUAAACCUGUUAAGCAUAAUUGUGAUAUGCUUUUUAAAAGAAGAAAAAUUCUGCAAAUAUACAUUCUGAAAUAUGAAAGUGUUGUUAUUUUUUUAAAAAGAAAUAUAUUAUUGUUAGCUGAUGUUUUCACGAGUGUGUGAUAUUUUAUUUAGUAACAUAACACCUGAAUUUAUUAUGUUAUAUUUUGAAUAAUUGGAAGCAUUUUGCAAUGUUGUUAAAGUGGGAAAUACAGCUUAAGGCACCUAUUACUUAUAAAGAGGACAAAUUUAACAUAUUGUUUUAAGCCUACUAUAGAUAACUAGUCUGGAAAUUCUUUCCUAUGUAAGUUAUAUUUUAUGAAGAUUCGAGUAAGUCCUUUUUAUAGAUCGAUUCCUGCAAUGAUUUGCACGAAUUGCACAAUGUUAAAUUAAUCCGGAGAGUAGUGUAGAAGAGUUUAUAAUCAAAAACACCAAUGUUUUCAUCAUCACGUGUUUAUAAAUGAAUCAAACAGAUUAGCAAUUAUUAUAAAAUGAGGUUUAAUGUUUAAAAUUUGAAAUUAUGACACUCAAAGCCUCAGGAAAUAUGCCAUUUCAGGACAGUGCCUCUAUUAAAUAUAAUUGUAUACUGUAUUUUCUCAUUGUUUAUAAUAUAUACAGGGAAUUUAUAUACAAGUUUUUUUUUUUUUUUAAAUCGAAAAGAAUUAUAUUUUCAGUUUAUAAAUAAUGUGUACAUUACAUGCAUAUUUUAAUUAAAUAAAGAUAUGUGAAAGGCAUAUUUGUAAUAUUUAUUAGCAAAUUGACCAAUCUCCAUCAUUAUUUAAGCCUUACACUCGCAUUUCUGAAAGUUCUUUUGCAACGUACAACAUCCAGUCAACUUGUCAGGAACCUAAUUUAACGCAAUUUAUUGGCAAUAUAUAUAUGCAGGUGUUGAAGAGGUCAGUUUUUUUUUUCUGUUUAAUAAAAUUUUAUUUUUCAAUAUA